CAAGAGAAGAAGAAGGGGAAAAAAAACGAUGACGAGGAAGAAGAAGAAGAAGAAGAAGCCGUUGGCAGCUAGUUAGCCGUUGCUACAUACGCAGUCCAGCAGCCGUUAGAGUUAAAUACGAGACGUUUCCAUUUGCUGAGAAUGAACCCUACCGAUGUCAGGAAUGACCUGACGACAGAAACUUCCAGCAGCUUCGUCCUUCAUCCCGGUUCUGUUGGCUAGAACCGCCUCUUCAUCGCCCUCCGCUCUGACCUCUGACCCCGUACCUCCCCCCUGCGGUGACGAUGUACUGCCUCCAGUGGCUGCUGCCGGUGCUGCUGAUCCCGAAGCCGCUGAACCCGGCGCUGUGGUUCAACCACUCCAUGUUCAUGGGCUUCUACCUGCUCAGCUUCCUGCUGGAGAGGAAACCCUGCACCAUCUGCGCCCUCGUCUUCCUCGCCGCGCUCUUCCUCAUCUGCUACAGCUGCUGGGGGAACUGCUUCCUGUACCACUGCCAGGACGCCGCGCUGCCCGCCGCCGCACACGACCCCUCCAUCAUAGGGACCUAGGCGGCGGCGUCCCGCAGCAUGAUACUGCCACGCUGCAAGGAGGAGGAAGAGGAGGAAUCAAAGGGAUCCAGUGAAACUCUGCACACCAACCGGACAAUCACCGCCUGGAGUCACUUCCUGUCCAUCAGAUACAUGCUGAGCUUCCUCCGGGUUCCUCCACGGUUCACCUUUGACCCCGUUUAGUUUUUAUUUUUUUCUGUUCUUUCCUGUGCAUGGUUUGCUGGUUUCAAAACAUUCUCACAGACUUUAAUGAAUUUUGAACAAAAUGCUGAAACUUUCCAACAGAAAUCAAAACGCUGUGAGUUUUUUUGUUUCAUCCUGACGUGUGAAAGCGGAAACAGUCGGCCAUUUUUAUCAACCGUAAGCAAUACAGGAAGUGAGACCCUCACCUGCAGACGGCUCGUUUCUCCAGGUGUUUCACUGUUUGUUCCUGCGGGGAGAGAGAGUCGCCUGCUGCAGCGCAGAAUGUGCAACAGGAUCGUUUUAAUUUAAAUAAAGUUUCCUCUGUGUUCAACCUGGA